ACUUUCGAGCGAGUCCUCGCGGAAGUACUGACGUGUUCACACGUCAUUAGCCGGCCAGCACGAGAGGUAGUUAGGUAGAGCCGAGAGUGACACAGCGGCAGAAUCAGACAUAAUGUCAGAAGGUGACAGUGUUGGUGAAUCAAUCCAUGGGAAACCAUCCACAAUCGGCAGCUUCUUCACACGGGUUGGACAGAUCUAUCAGUCAUGGCUAGACAAGUCGACGCCGUUCUCUGUAGGGCGAUGGGGAGUCACUCUUUCGCUAACGGCCAUCUACAUGAUCAGAGUGUACAUAUUACAGGGUUGGUAUAUUGUAACAUAUGCUCUGGGAAUCUACCAUCUUAACCUGUUCAUCGCUUUUCUAUCACCAAAAGUGGAUCCAUCAAUGCUUGACGAAGAUGAGGGUCCGGCGCUCCCAACCAAGCAGAACGAGGAGUUCCGCCCAUUCAUCAGGAGGUUGCCCGAAUUCAAAUUCUGGCAUUCGGCAACGAAAGGCAUCGUCAUCGCCAUGAUUUGCACAUUCUUCGAAGCCUUCAAUGUGCCAGUGUUCUGGCCCAUACUCGUAAUGUACUUCAUCAUGCUUUUCUGCAUCACCAUGAAGAGGCAGAUCAAGCAUAUGGUCAAGUACAGAUACCUACCCUUCACGCACGGGAAGAGGACUUACAGAGGCAAGGAAGACACAGGGAAACCUUUUGCUAGUUAAAAUCAAACCCUCCCCCCCCACCCCCCCCUACCCCCCAUUCGAAAAUUAAAAGUUAUGGAAAAAGAGUAUAUGGUGGGAACAGGGGUCAGUGAUUGUCUGUGAGGGGAUUGAAAAAAAAGAGAAACUGAAAAGAGUUUUGAUCCAAAAUGGUGACCGUGAUGGAUGUUAUUAGUGCUGAGGAUUGCUGUAGUCACAAGAGAACACUCUGCCUUUGGUUAUUAUGGGGAUAUGAGUUGGCGAGCCAUCUUGCAGCCGCGGGAUAACAUUGUCUUUGGUCAGUGGAUGAAACGCAAUGUCGCCCUUUGCCUUGUAACCCCAUGGGGUAAGUAUAAACUCUGCUAGAGGGGGCGGCACUGGACGAAUUUCAGUAGAAAUUUCAGUUGUGGAUUCUUAACGACUAUCCCUUUCCAACUGCUGUGCUCUGCUCUGUCUCCAAGCAAAGUAACAUUUUGCCAACUACUUUUGAUUUGAAGACUUGGUACCUACUCGUUUAUGACAUGUAAUUAUGAGAAGUCCUUAGGAUUAGAAUGAAAUAACGAUAAGAUGUAAAAUUUUGAAAUUGAAGUAAAUAUGAAAUAUUUAAAUUGA